AGCAACCCCAGGCGCCAGGGGACUUCCGGCCUUCCUCGGGCCUUUCGUGUCACUCUUUCACCCUUGCUGCGGCUGCGCAGUGGGGAUUGCCUGCAGUGCUUGGGGACCGGGUUUAGAAGAGGAGAGGGGGCGUGGCCUGAAGUGUGCAUUGGGUACGAAGGGAAAGGAGGAGCUUAGCUCGGAGGCGGGGAGGGGGGCGGGGUUCAGGACGCUUGUCGCGAGAUGGGCCUUGCCUUGCGCGUGCGCGCCCGGAAAGGGGCAGAGUUAUUUCUCUCUCUCCCUCCCCGCUCCCAAUAGCCGCGGCGCUAUGGAAACUGGAGGCGUUGCGUCGUAGGCCGCGCGCCGGGAAGGAGGGUAAGAGCGCGGGAAGCGUGAGGCGCCGCGUGAGGCGGCAUCAGGGGAGCUGGGUCUCCGGUAGAGGCUGCGGCCUAGUCCGCCCGUUCCCGCCCUCCGAGGGAGAAGUUUCGCUUUUGAAGUAGAAUUCAGACGUCUUCCCCAUCCCCCACCCACAAAAUAGCCUGCGCCUCCAGGGAAAGAGAGGAAAUAACUGGACCAAAAAAGGGUCUCUUCCCACGCGCAGAAGGCUACGUGUCUUGCGUAACACGCUUGUUCCAUUGAUCCCUCCCUCACGUCGAGGCUGCAGUACAUUCCAUAGAAGUGUAAGGGCCCACGGAAGUCAUCUAGUCGAGCCGCCUGCAAUGCAGGAAUCUUUUGCCCAAUACGGGGCUCGAACUCAUGGCCCUGACAGAUUUAAGAGCAGGCAUAAGCAAACUCGGCCCUCCAGAUGUUUUUGGCCUACAACUCCCAUCUGGCAGACUGUCUCGCCAGAGUGGUGCAUGCUCUAGUUAUCUCCUGCUUGGACUACUGCAACGCGCUCUACGUGGGGCUACCUUUGAAGGUGACCUGGAAACUGCAAUUAAUCCAGAAUGCGGCAGCUAGACUGGUGACGGAGUGGCCGCUGGGACCAUAUAACACCGGUCCUGAGAGAUCUGCAUUGGCUCCAAGUACGUUUCCGAGCACAAUUUAAAGUGUUGCUGCUGACCUUUAAAGCCCUAAACGGCCUCGGCCCAGGAUACCUGAAGGAGCGUCUCCACCCCCAUUGUUCAGCCCGGACACUGAGAUCCAGCGCCGAGGGCCUUCUGGCAGUUCCCUGACUGUGAGAAGUGAGGUUACAGGGAACCAGACAGAGGGCCUUCUGGGUAGUGGCACCCACCCUGUGGAACGCCCUCCCUUCAGAUGUGAAGGAAAUAAGCAGCUAUCCUAUCUUUAAAAGACAUCUGAAGGCAGCCCUGUUUAAGGAAGUUUUAAAUAUUUAAUGCUGUAUUGUUUUUAACACUCGAUUGGGAGCCGCCCAGAGUGGCUGGGGAAACUCGGGGUAUAAAUAAUAAAAUUAUUAUUAUUAUUAUUAUCAUCAUUCCUAGCUAACAGGACCAGUGGUCAGGGAUGAUGGGAAUUGUAGUCUCAAAACAUCUGGAGGGCCGAGUUUGCCUAUGCCUGUUUAAGAGCCUCACCCUCUAGUACUGAUGGAGCUACCCCAGAGAGUAGUUUUCUGCCCAUAGAGGAUGUUGCCUGCCGUGUGUCUCCAUGAGUCUGUGCUUUGGCAAGUGCCUCUUUUCCAGGGGAAAAGCAGCAGGUGUUUCUAUUUGGGUGUGAUCAAUCUGUCACCCCGGGACUUAAGCAGAAGAAGUUUGUUGGUUGCCUUCGUUAGCUUCCUUCCAGCAGAGUGGCCCAAAGUGGCUUGCCUGAAGGUUGGUUAAGAACAUUUGAUGGAAAUCUAAAAGCGCAGCUGAAUAGAUAAAAGGCAGUACUAGAAGAGGUCACAGAGUGUGUAUGGUGGGAGAAGAAACCACCACCCAGAAGGCCUGAUUUUGUAUUUGCAUUUUCCUCACCUCAUGUGGUGGUUGCCUGCUGUGCCUCUUCAUGAUACAGUGUUCUGGCUGUGCCGCUUCCUGAAUAAGCCUCUGGCAUCACAUUGAUCAUUUGAUCACCCUUCAUGUUAAGAUUAAAGUUGAAUUAGCUGCCCAUAGUGGAGGUUGCCUGCUGUGUAUCUGUUAAUCAAGUAUCUGGAAUUCCAUGGGCUGUGGUCAUUAUACCACACCUCAUGCCAACAGCUCAGCAGAAUCAUCUACCUACAGGAGAAGUUGCUUGCUGUGUCCAUGCAUGAGUGGAUUAUCAGUGGUGUUACCCCAGUUUUGAUGUGCUGAUCUUUUAGGGCCUGCUUUGUUGUCCUUUUGGUGCCAGGCAAAAUGAUUUUAAAAAGAAACUAACAGGCCUUUUGGACUUAAUUUUAGCCCUGAUUAUUGUUAUUAAUCUGGAUCUUACGAUUUUGUUGCCUUUUUAGUCUGUCUGUUUUACAAUCAGUUUUAUUUGUUUUACCUAUAUUUUUAUUGUUUGGGGUUUUUUUCUUUUAUGUAAAUAACUCUGGGAAUUCCUUUUGAAUGAUGUUUUAGUUGUUGUUUUUAUAAUAAACAAGCAAGUAAUGUUUCAUUUGUUGGAGCAAAACUCAAUAGAUGUGCUUCCAAAAUACUUAAGCAACACUUCACUUGCAUUAGGUGUUUGCAAAACACUCCAGCAUCACUUGAAUUCAGCAUUAUGGAAAGGGAAAGAAGCUACCCAAUUUGCUUCUUUCUCUUCCUGUUGUGUUUUUGCAGGAUACAGUAGCGAGACACUGCUAGCAUUUGCUGCAAAAGCUUGACUCAGCAGAAAUAAAACACUUGUCCUUUUCCCCUCUGUAGAAGGAAAUGAAGUACAGUAGUACCUUGGGUUAAGAACUUAAUUACCUUAUUUUUCACUCCAUAAGGCGCACCUGACCAUAAGGUGCACCUACUUUUUUUGGGGGGGGGAUUUCAAGGGGAAAAAAAUGCGGCUCUUGGGGGCUUUUGCGGGAGAUGGGGGAAGUGAGAGAGCCUCACUCUGUCCCUUCCCUCACCUCCCGCAAAAGCCAGGGAUAGCUGCGCAAAUCCUCCCCAGGGCAGCGGGAUGAAGGCUCCCCGCUGCCCAGCGGAGGCUUCACGGGUUACCCCAGAGCUGCUCGACCCAAAGAGCAGGUUGGGGAGCAGUGGAAAGGCUGCGUGCAGCCUUUCCACUGCUUGUCGGGGCUGGCGGUGGGGGAAGUGCGGCUUUUCCCCACUGCCAGCCCCACAAGCUCGGGGAGCAGCCUUUCCGCUGCUCCCCGACCUGCUCUUUGGGGAAAGCCACUGCCAGCCCCAAAGAGCAGGUUGGGGAGCAGCACAGACAUUUCCCCUUAGAUUUUAAGAGGAAGAAAGUGCGUCUUAUGGAGCGAAAAUACGGUAGUUCCGGAGGUCCGUUCUUAACCAUAAACUGUUCUUAACCUGAGGUACCACUUUAGCUAAUGGGGCAUCCUGCUGCCGCCACGCCGCCGCCACGCUAUUUCUGUUCUCAUCCUGAAGCAAAGUUCUUUACCUCAGGUACUAUUUCUGGGUUAGCAGAGUCUGUAACCUGAAGCGUCUGUAACCCAAGGUACCACUGUAGUUUUUAUUCAGCAUGAGAUUUUUUCCUCAAAAAAGACCAGUAGUGUUUAGCUGCUGCUUCCUGCAAAGGCCCAAUGGAAAGGGAGAAAAACAAAUCUUUACUUCCAUCCCCAAGUUCUCUGCGAUAGAAGAAAACAACAAAAAACAAUCUUACUGCCACUGUCAACCUCCACAGAGGAUGGAGAAGAAAAGAAUCAGUGUUUUCUCAAAAAGCAAGCAUGAUUUUUAGUGAAUGCUUAGAGGUGCUUGUCACUGGUGAGGAGGCAGGUGCAGUUAAACUCUGCUUAUGCAUUGAUCAUUCCAUUAGGUGUGAUUGGAUCAUUCUGCCAUUCUCUAUGCCAGGAUCCCAGAAUGGAGGAGGCUUCCCGUUCUCACUGUAUGAUUCAUAGUGCCUUUCAAAUCUUUCUGGGGACAGGUAAUUCUGCCUCAAUCCAUUCCAGAGGAUGUGUUUGGAUAGAUAAGUUACUAUAGAUACCAAGAUUGCAGUAGAAUUGCAUGAUCUCAAAAACCAGUCAAAAUUUUGAGUCACCACGCCAGGCUCAAGCCUUAGCUUGUCUUCCUCCAUAGGUGGGGCUGUCACUUUUCUGUUCAAAGAAAUGAACAGAAAAACCAGUAAUUUCUUUAUGACCAACAGAAAACCAACAUUGUCACAAAGACCAAGUUUAUGUGUUCUUAGGGCUGCAGGUUUUCUAAAGGAAACUUAGAGGGACUUUCUUUUGUGUGUAGACAACAUGCAUAGGCCAUGCUGAUUAUGACUUUAUGCUGUUAUUGUAACAAAUGUUAAAGAAGUUUCAAUGCAAAGCAGUUGUAUGCAUGUUUACUCAGGAGAAAGUCCUACUGUUUCAGUGAAGCUAAGUGUCUUUAGAGCUGUAACCCGAGGUGUUUGUAACCUGAGGUACUACUGUAUCAGUUUUAUACUUUGCCUAUAGAUUGUCAUUGAGUAUUUUCCUCUUUUGGAUGUUACUCUUAGGUCCUGACUCUGAAUCUCCUUUUUUCAGUCUCUUACUGUUCAGUGGUGCAGCUGCACUGUUGAACUGUGAGGAGUCCCGUGGGUUUGGGGCGCUGGUAUGAUUGCAGAGAUGAGGCCUUCUACUUCCACGUAAGUCCCCUGCUAAUAUUUUGUCUCCCCUUGUGUGAAUCCUUUUAUAGAAUUGUGUCUGUAUGGUUGUAGAAUUCGGGGAGUGCAACUUCUGACUUUUGCAAAAUGCUUCAUUGUAGUAUAAUCGCAUAGUAACAGUGUUAUGUUUCCCCCCCAUGUUUAGGGAUGAUGAAGAAAAUGCUACAUUUAAAAUUUUAGUUGCUACCGACAUUCAUCUUGGGUACUUGGAGAAGGAUGCGGCACGUGGAAAUGAUACGUUUGUAACAUUUGAUGAAAUAUUGAAACUUGCUCAAGAUAAUGAGGCAAGGCAGUUUUAUAACACUUUGUAAGGUUAGCAUCAAGGGACCAGUAUUUUCUAGAAAGCAGUGUCAUAAUGUGCCAACAGCUCUGUGUGUACCAUGUGUAGGCCAUGGAUGGGGAACUGUUGUCCCUUAGAUGGUUGCUGAACUGCAGCUUCCCUCAUCCCUCUGGGCCACCGGGCCACCUGACUGAUGCUGAAGGGAGCUGGAUUUAACACAGGUUCCUCAUCCUGAGUGCCUUCAACCAUAAGCAAGGAUUGGAAUAGUAAUGAAGGGCUACAUGUGGCAGGAUAUUUUACUUAAAUGGCUUCAGAGAUGUGACAUGUUGCAGAAAAAAUUGUUAAAAUACAGAUGGGGACAUUAUGGGAAUAGUAAUGUGGUUCUGCCAAUGCAUCAGUUUCUUGAAAUUUCACUGUAACAUAUGAUGUAUUAUAGCUGAUUUUAAAUAAUGAAUAUAUUACUUUUACAGAGUUACAAACUUAAAAAUUUAUUAAAGACUCAGUAUAAAUUCCUGGAUAAAUUUGCCCUUUUAUGUACUGUUCUCUGUUUAAUGACUUUUUGAAGCUAAUCAAUGCUGAAAGAGUAAGAUUAAUUUUGAUUUUUAGAUUUUGUUUGCACUUUAAAUUGCUUUUAGGUAACCAAAAACUGCUCAGAGGAAUUUAGCUGUUUAAUAUGAUGUAUAUAAUGUUAUUAUGAAUAAUAAAUACAAUAAGAAUGUAAUACUGCCAAUUUAUUUAUUAAUAAUCUUUGCAAAGGUGCAUGGUUUUACCAAACGGAAGUAAAAAAUUAUAAAUGGAAAUGGUUUUCAAUAUUUUAAAAUAACUUUUCCCUUUCCUUUUUAUAGGUGGAUUUUCUUUUAUUAGGAGGCGAUCUCUUUCAUGAAAACAAACCUUCCAGAAAAACAUUACAUACUUGCUUAGAAUUAUUAAGGAAAUAUUGUAUGGGCGACCGUCCUAUACAGUUUGAAAUUCUGAGUGACCAGUCAGUUAAUUUUGGUUUUAGCAAGUAGGUAUCUUUAUGAUAAAACUGACUAUCAUAGUUGUAAUGUUUUCUAAAUAGAGUUUAAUAAAUGAUAAUAAUUAUUCUGUGGCCAUUCAUUUAUGGCAUGUUUCAGUGUAAAAAGUGAUGACUUGAGCAGUGAUAUUUCUGUUUAUAAAUGAACUUAAACUUUGCUCUCCUGUUCAGGUUCCCUUGGGUGAACUACCAAGAUGACAAUCUCAACAUUUCUAUUCCAGUUUUUAGUAUUCAUGGCAACCAUGAUGAUCCAACAGGGGUAAGAAUGUUAUACAAAAGUUGAUAACUAGUAGGGUAAAUGAAUUAUUGGAUAUGACAAACAUUCAGAAGAUUAGUAAAGAGUUUAAACAUCAGAAUCCAGCAAACAUUUACGCAUUGAUGUCCUUACAGUACAGCCUUAAUAAUGUCUACUUAGAAGUAAGUCCUAUAGAGGUCAUUGGGGCUUCCAGGUAAUUUGGGUUAGGAUUGUAGCCUUAGUGAGAUUGCAACAUUGGUGCCUAGGUAAACUACUGUCUUAAUUCUUGUAUGAAACGGUUGUGGUGGCUUACAUUGUAAUUUUGAAUAGUUGCAUUGAGGUUUUUAAAUGAUUUAUGCUUUUUAAGAAGGCAUAAACUUGUAACAUAAGGUGCUGAAAAUGUGGUUGAUGUGACUCUCUGUUUCCUUUGUUGGCCUGGGAUAAAACAUGCUUUUUAAUGGCAUAAACAUGUACACUUACCGUGUAAUCAAUUCUAGUUUAUCCUCUUAAGGUCCACAAAUAUAUUAGUAUUUAGCAUUUUAAAUAUCGUUUGUGUCUACAUAUAUCUCUGUUCAUUGUUUGUGGCCUAUUGAUGGCCUGAAGAAGGAGGGAAAAGAAUCAAUUCCACUUUACAAAAGCUUUCUUACCCAGAUGCCUAGCCCUAGAGGCUGUUACAGGCACCAGGCUAGUAGCUAUUUAUAAGCCUAGUUUAGCUGAUCUGGAAAAGAACACAAGAUUUUCCUCCCUUAAAUGCUUUACAUUGGUUGGGAAACCUGUGUUCCUCUGCUUGUUGCUGGACUACAACUAUCAUCCCUGGCUGGCUGUGGCUAAUGGGAAUUGUAGUCCAACAUUUGCUGGACCACAUUUUCCUCAUCUGUACUUCAUGUGUUUCUGGGCUAAAUGGUGACCAAGCCAACCUUUGAUAAACAAAUGCUAAUUGUAGAUAUUCCUUCAUCUAUCUUACAGGCAGAUGCUCUUUGUGCUUUGGACAUCUUAAGUUGUGCAGGACUUGUGAAUCAUUUUGGACGGUCACCAUCUGUAGAGAAGAUAGACAUUAGUCCCGUUUUGCUUCAGAAGGGCAGUUCCAAAAUUGCUCUUUAUGGAUUAGGUAUGCUAUUUUUUUUGGAAUGGUGGCAAGGCUUUAAUGAAACCAUAACAUCUUGGAGGAACAUCAGGUCUGGCCUGAAGAUGGUGAAUUUUAUUUAUUAGAAUUAGCUUUAUGAUCCUGGGGUGUAAGAUUAGUGGAGUUUGAUUUGGAAAACCUUAAGUCUGUUGACCAGCUUUUAUGGUUUUCACCAAAUGAGGGGAACCUAGGUUUGAUGUCUCAAACGUUUGUAGUAGAGUAAAUAGCUCUUUCCAUUAUACCUGUCAGUAAAUCAAAGGGGGAAAAGAUGGUAAGCAAUGAGUGCAUUAAAAGUGCUUUGCAUUUAAUAAUUAAAUUAUUUGUGGAUCAUUGAAAACCCUAUCCAUUAUUAUUAUUAUUAUUUAAUUAAAUACUGACUUUCCCCCUCUGUCUUCCUGGUUCAUUAGUGCUGGUCUGCUUGCUGUCUCCUUCACCACAUUUGCCUAUUUCUUUCAUUCUCCUACUUUUCUACAGAAACCUCAGUGCCCUUGCCAUACUACUAUGUGGAAGUCACACAAACACCUGUUUUUUUUAAAUCAAGUGAUGUAUUUAAAUUUUACUAAACAAAUACAGUGGUACCUUGGUUUUCGAACAUCUCCAUUAACAAACAUUUCUGUUUUCGAACACCGUAAACCCGGAAGUAAAUGCUUCAGUUUUUGAACACGCCUUGGGAGUCAAACAUGCCGCGCAGCUUCCACUGAGUGCAAGAUCCUGAGGCCUAGCUGUUGGCUAUUGAGUUUUCGGUUUCCGAAAGUUUCAGAACUCGAACGGUCUUCUGGAAUGGAUUGUGUCUGAAAAACGAGGUACCACUGUAAAAGGAAGUUCAUGUAGAUUGUAGAUGUGAGGCAAAUUGGCCUGAGCUGGUAGAUAGCACAGUGUAGGAAUACAGCAAGCUGGCUUAUACUGAGAUGGAACCAUUGUUCCAUCUAGAGCAGUAUUGUCUACAUUGACUGGCAGCAGCUGUUGAAGAAUUCAGAUAGGAUUCUCUCGAACCAGGGACCUUCUGUGUGCAAAACAAAUGCCUCACUUCCGAGCUACAGCACUUCCCCAAAACAGAACAAUAAACUCUCGAGCACAUGGUUCCGGAACCUAUUUUCCCCAGAUUUCUCUGCUGUUGCUUUGGCCUGCCAAUUUCUCGUUAGCAUGUUUUCCCUGCUUUGCUUCCAUCCAGCACUUGUAUUUCUUUUAGAAACUGUUCUGGGCGGGGGGGAUCAGGUUUUAAAUAUUCUAGAAACCUAAACAGUUGAGAUUGCUGCUCUCCUUUUAGUCAGGCUUAAAAAUAAAUACUUUGGCAGUAGGCAACCACUUCCUGCCCAACUCACCAAGCUCAGGGCUCCCUCCUUCACUGGAUGCCAUAGCUCAUGGGUAGGCAAACUAAGGCCCAGGGGCCGGAUCCGGCCUAAUCGCCUUCUAAAUCCGGCCCGCGGACGGUCCGGGUAUCAGCGUGUUUUUACAUGAGUAGAAUGUGUCCUUUUAUUUAAAAUGCAUCUCUGGGUUAUUUGUGGGGCCUGCCUGGUGUUAUUUACAUGAGUAGAAUGUGUCCUUUUAUUUAAAAUGCAUCUCAGGGUUAUUUGUGGGGCAUAGGAAUUCGUUCAUUUCCCCCAGAAUAUAGUCCGGCCCCCACAAGGUCUGAGGGACAGUGGACUGGCCCCCUGCUGAAAAAGUUUGCUGACGCCUGCCAUAGCUCCUUACUGCGUUUCUUUGACUAGGACACACAGCACUGGUCUGGGGGCUACCAGCCUUUCUUUUGUCAUGAGUGCAGCCUUGGCAGUUCUGCUCUGUGUCAUUUUUGGACAGGGAACUCAGUGCAGCAGCUUGGGGGGCAGCGAUGACUGUGUAGGAGAGUGUCGGAUGCCGCUUGGCUGCUGACCCAGGACAUGCUACUUGCUGAAAGUGAAUAUGUAAGUGGCAAGUUGCAAGGCAGUUUUAGACAUUUUCUAAACAUUGGCAACUUUAAUACAAACCAUUGGGCUGGCAAGGAUAAUUUAGUCCAACCUCUUGCCAAUGAAGGAAGUUUUUACUGCAGUACAGUAUGUCAUUUUCGCAGUAUUUCAUCACAAACAACUCACUACAAGGUAAUUAUUAUGUCCGUUCCAGGAUCUAUUCCAGAUGAGAGGCUUCACAGAAUGUUUGUGAACAAGCAAGUGACUAUGCUGAGACCAAAGGAAGAUGAAGAUAGUUGGUUUAAUCUGUUUGUAAUUCACCAGAACAGGUACUGAUGUUGUGUUUUUGUAUAUUCUGUUGGCCCACAGGGGCUGGGGCAACCCAGUCACAUGGGUGAGGUACAAAUGAUGAUGAUGAAAUUUGUACCUUUCUCUCCCCCCUCCGCUCUGCUCAGCCUUGCUUUAAAGUUGUCAUUUUGCUUGUUCUUUGAUGACAGAAAAAAGAUGGUGGACUACGAUACCAGCUCUGCACAGCUGAUGUGAAUAUAGAGUACUUUUCUGCUUUUGGAGGGACAUAAAUAAUAAUAAUAGUAAUAAUAAUAAUAAUAAUAAUAAUAAUAAUAAUUUUUUUUAUUUAUAUCCCGCCCUCCCCAGCCGAAGCCGGGCUCAGGGCGGCUAACAACAAUAAAACAGUACAAAAGUACAGCACAAACAACACUCUAAAAUCAUUCAUUAUAAAAUUAAUUAAUAUAAUAACCUUAAUAAUAACCUUAGGCAACAGGUUUUAACUCUUUAAUAGGGAAGGGACGCGGGUGGUGCUGCGGGUUAAACCACAGAGCCUAGGGCUUGCUGAUCAGAAGGUCGGCAGUUCAAAUCCCCGCGACGGGGUGAGUUCCCGUUGCUCGGUCCCUGCUCCUGCCAACCUAGCAGUUCGAAAGCAUGUCAUAGUGCAAGUAGAUAAAUAGGUACCGCUCUAGUGGGAAGGUAAACGGCGUUUCCGUGUGCUGCUCUGGUUCGCCAGAAGCGGCUUAGUCAUGCUGGUCACAUGACCUUGAAGCUGUACGCCGGCUCCCUCAGCCAGUAAAGCGAGAUGAGCGCCGCAACCCUAGAGUCGUCCGUGACUGGACCUAAUGGUCGGGGGUCCCUUUACCUUUAAAAUACCGUAAUCCUUAGGGUAAGGAAUAGUUGCUCUUAGCAAUUUGAAAAAUAAACAACUUUUAUUUAUGUGGGACCCAAAGUUCUCAUUUGAAUGAUCGCUUGCUCUUGUCAGGUGAGUAACCUUUUCUGUUACCUGUGUUUAUAAAUAACAAUGGAUAAAUUUUGCUUUUCAUUCUGGCUCCUUGGUGUGGAUGGGUCACUUUUGAUUAUGCAGAAAACGAGGUUCAGUGGUGGUAGGAUUGCAUAAGGCUAUGGGGGACUUGAUCUGGGGACUUAGCAAUAGGACCCAAGUGUCCUACUCUCUGAGUCAACAAAGCAGAUUGCAGGUGGAAGGAGUUGCUGGGCUAUAUUCCUGUGCUUCAGUGCUACCCUUAUAAUGGCCUCUUACAUUUGACCGUUGCUGAUCUGUCUGCAACCUGAACUUCUGUCUGUCCUACAGCUUUAAUUUAAUUCGCCUUUCCUUACCUUUUGAAAAUUGUACCUGAUACACAUGUUUUUGCAGUUGUUAAAGUGGAAUUAAAUAUUUUAUAAACACUUACUUUAACUGGAAUAUUUUAGUUUAAUAUCAGUGUAAAACCACCUCCUCAGUUUUGCAAUUACGUUUGUAUGUUUCCUUUUGUACAGGAGCAAACAUGGUGCCACAAAUUAUAUUCCGGAACAGUUUCUAGAUGAUUUUAUUGAUCUCGUAAUUUGGGGUCAUGAGCAUGAAUGUAAAAUAGCUCCUGCCCGAAAUGAACGACAACUUUUCUAUGUGUCUCAGCCAGGAAGUUCAGUUGUCACAUCUUUGUCACCAGGAGAAGCUGCCAAAAAGUAUGUACUUAGGUUUUAUUUAUUAUUUUGUCUGGUUUACUAAAUGAGAUCUUGCAAAUUACCGUAUUUUUCUGCCCGUAAGAUGCCCCCACGUAUAAGAUGCCCCCUAUUUUUGUGGCAACAACCAAUCACCAGUCCACCCUCGGCACUAUCCAUGUAUAAGGCACCCCCUAAUUUUUGACAUUUUUUAAAGGAAAAAAACCUAGUCUUAUACAAGGAAAAAUAUGAUAUUCUUUGCUUGCUCUCACCCUUUCAGCUUGUUUAUAAGGUGAAAGCAGGGGACUCUAAUUUCUAUUCCUGGUGAGGAAUUAGAAGAUCUCCCCAUCCCUUAAGCCCUGCCCCUUAGUUUUAGCUGCUUGCUCCUACCUGAGUCCCAUAAUCUGCUGAGCUUCGAAAACGCUGUUCUAGAGAAGGCUUCAGGGCUCUCUCACUGACAGAUGGCAAUUCCUGUUGUCACAGUACUAGGACUGUCUUGCGCCUUCCUUCCUACAAUUUCAGUGAUUUAACAAAGGGUCCAGAACCUGACUUGACUUGUGGCUGCUGACUCCCCAGUUGUACUAUCUGUUCUUGGUACAAGCAUGCCAUAUACCAUUCAGCUGAAAUGUCUACAAGAAGGAGGAAGGCACUGAGCCUCUUUUCUGUGUCCCCUGUUUUCCCCCAGUGGUGGAACUGGACUGACAUAAAGUGGCAGGUAGAGAGGGCUGGGCUAAGGAGAACAAGCUCUGCAUUGUUCCAGUCCUGGCCAGGGAGGGCGGGGUAUAAAUAUAUUAUUAUUAUUAUUAUUAUUAUUAUUAUUAUUAUUAUUAUUAUUAUUAUUAAAGAACAAGCUCUGCAUUGUUCCAGUCCUGGCCAGGGAGGGCGGGGUAUAAAUAUAUUAUUAUUAUUAUUAUUAUUAUUAUUAUUAUUAUGGAGAACAAGCUCUGCAUUGUUCCAGUCCUGGCCAGGGAGGGCGGGGUAUAAAUAUAUUAUUAUUAUUAUUAUUAUUAUUUAUUUGUGGACCCUUCCCUAAUAGUGAUCUUGUAAACUAGCAAAUUGAACCAUAACUGAUUUCUUUGCUAUGCUCCUUUGAAACAAACAAACAAACAAACACACAUUCAGAAUCUUAGUAGCAGAAUAGUCUCCAUGGGCACCAGCAACCUUUAAUCCAAAUGGCUAUGGAGCAAUUCACCCAGAGACAUGGAGAACUGCACAGGAAAUUUUUGCCAUGCAAGGUGCAGAGUGGGAGAAUCUGGCAUUUCUUUCCUUAAGUAAAGGAAGGAAAGAUGGGGGGCCAGUUAUUAUUGGAGGAGGCCCUGUUCUCUAGGGCUAAGAGGCAGUCUCUGGUAUAACUUCUGGAGGAGACUGGACUGCCUUUGGCUCAAGUCCCAGUUCAACUUCCUUCUGACGAAAGACAGACCUCGAGGAGCUCAUGCACUGGCAUGAGAACCAAAUUCUAAUUAGAGAGAGAGAGAGAGAGAGAGAAGGAAAGAGCGUCUGUGUCAUCCAAGAUGCAGAGUGCAAGAAUCUGCCAUUGUUGUUCUCUUCUUAAGAGAAGAUAAUACAAGUAAAUAGAUUUCUGUAGCUUAGGUAAUGUAGCCUUGUAUUAUCUCCGGAAGACAGAAUUGCGAUUGUAGAUUUACUGACUACAUUUUAGACUAAAAACUGCUUGCCUGGUGCUUGUAAGUUCCCAAACCAUUUGCUGAGCUGCUGAGAUACUUGAGGAGGAAGUUGUUGAUAGUGAAUGCAAGGAAAAUGGAAGGUCAUCUGGUCUUGGUGAAAGAAACCUGUGAAGGCAGGAUAAGGUUCAUGAUGGGGUAGGGAUUACAGAUGGCAGGUUAUUUCUGUUAAAAAUGUAAGUCAGAUCUUUAGCUGCAAUGGUCUGCAUUAAGCUAAGUACUCCAUGCACUGCCCAUUUGUAUAAGGACCCAGAUCCAUUCUGAUUAUUCCCAGUGUGAACUUCUCCUAGCCAUGGCCCUUGAACUCCCUGUCCACCUCUUAAGGCUCCUAUAACAAGUAACAGCUUUCCAUCAUGUUGACAACUCUGUGAGCCUAACAGUGAUCAUGGCUGAAAUAAAUUCUCAGGGUAUAUGCCACACUCGAUUUACCCGGCUUUGCUCAAUGCAUUCCAGACAUGUUGGCUUGCUGCGCAUCAAAGGCAAAAAAAUGAAUAUGCAAAAGAUUCCUCUCCAAACAGUACGGCCUUUCUACAUCGAGGACAUUGUUCUUGCUGACCAUGCUGACAUCUUUAAUCCUGACAAUCCUAAAGUAACACAAGCAAUACAAGCUUUCUGCAUGGAAAAGGUAGGAGCUGGAAAAGAUAGGAAUGGGGCACGAGUCCACUAUGGUUUCGGAUAUUAGGAGUGCUAUCUCACUGUGUAUGUGGACACUUUGUAUGUGGGUUGUAGUAUUGUAGAAUAUGAAUGGUUGAUAGAGUUAAUGUUUGAGGCUGUGAAUAGUAGUAGUGUUGUCAAAUGGAUAGUGAGAGAGAUUGGGUGAAUAAUUGCAUGUUGUGGGGUUUGAAAUACUUAUGUCAUACUGCCUUGUAGUUCUUUCAGCCAGAUGGGCAGGGUAAAAAGAAUAAAAAUAUUAUGAAUUAUUAUAUUAUAUUAUAUUAUAUUAUAUUAGGAUAUUGCCUUUGUAUUCUGUUAUGUGAAUAAUUUGAUGUGGUUUUUUGCACUUAAUUCUGCAUGUAAACUGCUUUGAGAUCUUUUAGAUGGUUGAUAAAUGGAAAUAAUAAAUAAAUAGCCAGGUAUGUGGUUUUUCCCCUUUCCAUUUUUAAAGGUUGAAGCCAUGUUGGACAAUUCAGAAAGAGACCGUCUUGACAACCCCAGACAACCAGAUAAGCCUCUAAUAAGAUUACGAGUAAGAUGGGGCUCCUAAUACGGUUUUUUUUUUUUUAAAUCAAAAAGCAAUGUAGCAAACAUAUUGUUAAACACAUUACUUAUUUUAAAGUGCUCUUGUUCGGCAUGCAUUUUAGGGCCCCCCUCCCCCUUCGUGGAGUGGCAGUACGUGACUAUCUUGUCUGCAUUCCUUGAAGCAGUGGAACUGAGGCACUUGUGGAAAAUAAUAAGGGGUUUAAAAGGCAUCUAGCUAUUUAAAAAAGAGAGAACAAAUGCGGUUUUUGAUGUUUGAAACAAUUUCUGUUUGCUUGUAAAAGCCUGCUGCUGAGAUGAAUUAUUAAAGAUGGUAUCUUGAAUGUUUUGCUGUAUUGUAAACACCAGGAUGGUUAGUUAGAUAUUCACAAGGGCAUUAGUUUAAACUGAUGAAAAUUGAAUCAUUUUAGAUGUUUGGUUGCAGAGCCCUAUACCUUUAAUGCUUAUUUUCUUCUUUCUUUUUUUGAAGGUAGAUUACAGCGGAGGCUUUGAACCAUUCAACAUUGUGCGUUUCAGCCAAAAGUUCAUGGAUAGGAUAGCUAAUCCCAAAGAUAUCAUACAUUUUUUCAGGCACCGGGAGCAAAAAGAGAAAAAUGGUAAAAGAAUGAACAAUAAUGUAGCUUCUACAGAGAAUUAUAACAAAUAUUGUUGAUGGGGAAAAGAACAUUAUUCAUGCAAGUACUUUGGUGUGGCAACAAUGUAUCUGAAGCAUUGCAAUGCUUCUAUACAACAAUAAUGUAGCAUUGUUCUGUAAGCAGAAAUCCUUUGUUGACAGGAUGUGUUAGUUUAAUACCUCUCUGAGUAUGAUUUAAACAUUGGGAACAAACCAAUAUAUAUCAUAAAAUAUUAGUUACCACAGGUUAGCAAUUGUUCUGUGUUAAGGUCAGAUAUUCACACACACACAGACUGUUCUUUUGAAUUAUUUCACCCUGCAGAUAUCCAUUUUGCCUUAUUGUAAUGAUAAUUUAGGGUAGCAAACCAUUUCUCUACAUGGGCUAAAAAUUGCAUCAUUUUUCUUUGUUUUAAAGAUGAGAUUAACUUUGGAAAACUGGUCCACAAGCCUGCAUCAGAGACAACGACUUUGAGGGUAGAGGAUCUUGUUAAACAAUACUUCCAGACAGCUGAGAAGGUAAACUUAUUAUUCAGAAUUUGAGGUGUUGUUUCCUUGUUAUCUCAGGUUGAAUUUCUGGUUUUAACGCUAAUUCAACAGCAGGUGCAUUUUAUUUCUCAAAGCCUUAUAGCUAUUGAUUUUUCAUUCUAAGAGUCUGAAAUUGUGUGGAAGGAAAAAAUCUAGAAGAGGAAUAAUGUUAAGUUUUUUGAGCAAAAAAUCAACAGAGGCUUGUGGCCUUCAAGAAAAAGAGAUGAUUCAUAUACAACAGCAAACCAUUAUGUGUUCUGAUGUGUGAAUUGAUACAAUCUGAUAAACCAUGGUUUGUGAGUUGGACACAAAACCAGGAUCAAAAUCGCAUAAUUUGAAGCUGGUUUGCAGACCAGUUUGCAUAAACUCUUUCGGCAUUGCACCCAAACUGUCCAAUAGCAAUGUCUAUUAAAAUACACAAAAUAAGUAAAUGAUGCACAAAACCAAGUCCAGGUCUUGCAGCAGUCAUUCCAAUAGACCCGAGAAAGCACUGCAAAAACAGUUGUUGAGCUUCUGCUGAGCCGUUUUAAAAUAUAUAUAUAUUUUUAUUAAAGAUUUCUUAGUUUGCUGAGCUAUUGAGCUGUCUUUUGAGGAAUUGCCCCUGGCUCCAGCCCUCGCUUACUUACCGUAUUAACCUGUGUAUAAGAUGACCCCCAAUUUAUCACUAAAAAAAAUCCAGAAAAAAGGUCGCCUUAUACAUGGAAAGCUAUGGUAUCUUUUAAUCUGAGGCCUGAAAACAAAGUAAGGAGCAAUUGCACCUCUGGGGGGAGGGAGUUGUGCAUAUGGCGUGCCACAAUGGAGAAGGCCCUGCUCUGCGUUGCUACACCACAAACUAACUGGAACAAUGAGCAGGGCCUCUGCAAAUCUUAAUACAAAGGUGGAGAACCUUUUUCUGAAGGUCAGAUAGAAAAGCCUGGAGGACUGCAUAGUACAAACCAUGGUUUGGUCUUACACCUGAACCAACACAGGCUGAUUUAUUACACUAUGUGCUUUUGUAGUCAAGAACCAUAAAGCUUAGGGCGGCAUUCAACUAAAUAAUUGUGUGAGCACAAUGACUUCCCCCUUUAGCCAAUAAUUUUCAAUCACUUGCAUUUCGGCUCAUCUUGAGUCCCCCGCCCAAGCUUACAUAGUUUCACUACCCAAGAACACCAGUUUUAAAUAAAUCUGGGGUAUUCAAUGCAGUUUCUUGUUUGUCUUUCUGCAAGAAAGUGCAGCUUUCCCUCCUGACUGAGAGAGGCAUGGGAGAGGCAGUGCAAGAGUUUGUGGAUAAGGAGGAGAAGGAUGCGAUUGAGGAGCUGGUGAAAUUCCAGCUAGAGAAGACGCAGCGGUUUCUGAAGGAACGCCAUACAGAUGCAGAGGAAGCCAAAAUUGAUGAAGAGGUUAGUAUGGAGCAUGGGUAGGUAAACUAAGGCCCGGGGGCUGGAUGCGGCCCAAUCGCCUUCUCAACCCGGUCCGCGGACGGUCCAGGAAUCAGCAUGUUUUUACGUGAGUAGAAUGUGUCCUUUUAUUUAAAAUGCAUCUCUGGGUUAUUUGUGGGGCCUGCCUGGUGUUUUGACAUGAGUAGAAUGUGUGCUUUUAUUUAAAAUGCAUCUCUGGGUUAUUUGUGGGGCAUAGGAAUUUGUUCAUCCCCCCCCCAAAAUAUAGUCUGCCCCCCCUACAAGGUCAGAGGGACAGUGGACCGGCCCCCUGCUGAAAACAUUUGCUGACCCCUGUAUGGAAGGACUUACCUUUCUUGAAAUGACAGUGGGUAGCAAUAUUUGGGAGAAAGAAAGGUGUUGGAACUUCACAGUUAUUUUCUGUAAACAUUCAAGGUCCUCACCCCACUCCCAAUUCACCGUUCUGACAAGCCGAUCCUUUUUACUAGCGUGUUCUGAAGGUUGGAGUAUUAAAAGAUAAUCCAGCCCCUUAAUUUAUGUGACAUUUUAUUAAAGUGACUGAGUGGCAUUGCCAUUUUAAGCCACAAGAUGGCAGCAAAAUAGUAUAAACUGGCUUUACACAGCUGGGUGCCCUCCAGUUGAUUCAGACCCAUCAACCUUAAUCGAGAAUGACUUAAUAGCUGUUGGAUGCAUUUACUAAUGUAAGUCAUGAAGGUCAAGCUCUACCUAUCAGCAUCUCAGCAUGCCCCCCCCAUUAUUUGUUGUUUUAAUAAUGGAAAGAGCAAAACAGUCCCAUUCUUUUUUACCCUGAAAGUGUAAAAAUACAUAGUUUCCGUAGUUACCUUUUACCACUUCAACACAGGUCCAACGCUUUAGAGAGUCGAGAAGAAAAAACACCAUGGAGGAGGACGAGGAAGUUCGAGAGGUAAUUAAGCUGAAAAAAUUGAAAGGAUCUAAGGUGACUUGGGCCAUCAUAGCUGUCAACUUUUCCCUUUUCUUGCGAGGAAUCCUAUUCAGGAUAAGGGAAUUUCCCUUAAAAAAAGGGAAACGUUGACAGCUAGUUGAUUGGCUUGAAUAACAUUUCUUUAGAGAGAGAGAGAGAACUUCCGUAUGCAAGCAGUAGCUUCCAUUGUGUCCAAAAUGUGUAUCGCAAUGUGCUGACAUUCAUUUCAAUAUUUUACCCAUUUCAUAUUUCUUUGGUAAUAAACAUGUUCCCCAAACUUUGCCCUGAUCACAUGGUGUUGCAAGCUGUGUUUAAUUAAAACUGGAAGCAGAAGCUUCCAGACUACUCCACCUCAACCAUCACUGAGCCCCAGUGGGAGUCUCAUUCUUGUGAAGCACAAAACUCUGACUUAGCUGCUAAUACAAGUUGGCUCCAGCAAAAUAGAUACUUUUGAGUUCUCCCCUCUCAGCUACCAUCAAAUCACAAAUUGUAUCUGUCUACAUUGGCAAACCCAAAGAUCCAGAGUUUUCCAUCACUGCUGGAUGCCAAAACACGGCUCGUAAGAGGCACAGUCUAUGGGUUCUAAUGGUUUUUAUAAGGGAUUGCCUAAAAUUUGCCAUCAAAUUACAGAUCACCGGAUUUGUUCAGCGAUUUGUUGAUGAUUUUUUUUUUGGGGGGGGUCAUCCUUUGUAAAAAACAUGUCUUGAAUCAAUGUUUCAUUGUGGCAAGGAAUGGAUCUGUGAUUUUUUACUGUGUGGUCUACCAAUGUAAGCUCAAGAUUUUAUGGUGAUGAUGGGAACCCUGUGUAAAAUCAUGCAAAUCCAAGAAUAUCUGUUUUAAUUUUUCUGAACCUGGCAGGUGUGUCUGUGUGUGCACGUGUGGGAUGGUUGUGGUCACUUGUUCUUUCUUGCUUCCAAGAGAGAAAGAACCUUUUAAAAAGGGAAGCUUUUAAUUUUAAUAGACUAUUGUAUUCUAAUAUUGUGUUGAAAGCUGCCCAGAGUGGCUGGGGAAACCCAGCCAGAUGGGCAGGGUAUAAAUAAAGUAUUAUUAUUAUUAUUAUUAUUAUUAUUAUUAUUAAUAAUAAUAUUACCAGAGAGGGUGGUGCCCAUGGUGCACACUCAAAAGUUCUUGGGCUCAAAAAGGUUUUUCAGCAUUGAUUUAGUAUUAUGCCUGAACCAACCCCCUGGGGAAAGCAGAUGAAACUUCGAUUUUUGUUCCAGUAAGGCCAUUAAUAUGCUUCAACAUUGGUUAACACUUUUCUCUCAGGCUUUAAACAGGGCCAAAGCUCAUAGAUCUCAGGGAGCUUAUAAUGCUUCCGUCAGUAGUGAUGAUGACCUCAUGGAUGUGGCUACCUCUGGUCAAAGGGCUAAUGAUGAUUCCGAUGAUGAUGAUUUGCCACCCAGCAGAGGAAGAGGGAGAGGUCGGGCAAGAGGCGGUAAAGGGCAGAACGUAACAGCAAGAGGAGCAUCUCGACGAGGAAGAGGAGGCCAGUAGCCUUAUUGUCCUUUGCAAUUGCAAUCCCAAGAUUGUGGGAUUAUGAUGGUGAUGAUAGUAAUAAUAAUCAUACAUACAAAAAGCUCUGAAGGGACGCUGGUGGCGCUGUGGUCUAAACCACUGAGCCUCUUGGGCUUGCUGAUCAGAAGGUCGGCGGUUCGAAUCCCCGCAACGGGGUGAGCUCCUGUUGUUCGGUCCCUGCUCCUGCUCACCUAGCAGUUCAAAAGCAUGUCAGAGUACAAGUAGAUAAAUAGAUACUGCUCCAGUGGGAAGGUAAAUGGCAUUUCCGUGCACUGCUCUGGUUCGCCAGAAGCGGCUUUGUCAUGCUGGCCACAUGACCCGGAAGCUCCCUCGGCCAAUAAAGCAAGAUGAGCACUGCAACCCCAGAGUCGUUCACGACUGGACCUAGAGGUCAGGGGUCCCUUUACCGUUAUACAUAUAGCUCAGUUUGCAAAUGUGCACAGUUUGCUAGGAGAAAAAAAAGGGCCAUAUGUUACCCAUGUGUCCUGUUAACCUCCAGACUGGUGGAAUCCUUUCCAUGUGUGAGGAGGAUGUUGUUGUUGUUUAGUCGUUUAGUCGUGUCCGACUCUUUGUGACCCCAUGAACCAGAGCACACCAGGCACUCCUGUGAGGAGGAUACUUAUGAUUAAACAGAUCAAAGAGGGAGUGAGAGGUAUUUCUUAAGCACACAUCCAUUCUAUGAUGUUUUGCAUUGGUGAUUCAUGUUCAAUUUCCAGUUUUAAGGAAGCAUUUGCUGAUAGCUUUAAUCUUAGAUAAUUUUCUCUGCCCUAGCUCUUCUCUGUCAACCCUUUUCAUGCUGGGGUGAUACAGACACCUGCCCAAAACACCAAACACUUGUGGCUCUUAUGAUUGCAAGAAACCUCUCACUGGCCACUACCUUUUCCUUAGAGGAAUUCUAUCUGCACAUGCAUUCAUGGAAAUGGCAGAGACUGUUUUACAUUUGCAUGCACAUGCUUUCUUGAGCAUGCACUACUCUAUAGUUACUACAAUGCAGACCCUCUUCUUACUUCUUCAGGCCAAAAUAGAGCUUCCUUUCUCAGGUACAGGCUACCAUUCUUAGAGCUGAGUGUGUCGUAACAGGCAUGCAUAGCGAAACACAGAGGAAAGGGUUGGAUCACUCUAUCUGCUGCACCAUAGUGGCUCAGUUAACAAUUGGAGAAAUGUAAACAUCUGAAUAUUUUCUUUUCUGUUACUGCAGGAGGCACUGGCCAGGACCAGAUGAUUAGCAGCAGAACAUAUAAAUCUGCACCCGUUCCUACAAAGAAUAUGUCCAUCAUAGAUGGUAUGUUCAGAUUGCAAGUGAACCCCUAUAUCAUAUUGACAUGCAUGUCCAAAAUUAUUACUCUCUUUAAUGAUACCUUAAGAAAAUAAUCCACUUGAUGUUUUUAAUGUGUCAUAGUGUCGUACAUGUGUCAUUUUCAGAGGUUUAGUUGUCUUAGGGAGCAAUCCUAUGCACAAAAAGCUGGUAUAAAGCUCGCCAAUGUAAUUUAAGCCAGUAUAAAGUUACUCCAGAUCCAAAUCUGGUCCAGCGGUAGGACUGCUGCUCUUGUUUUACCUAAGCCUGGCAGAUGGAAAACAGGCCUUUAAUAUACUGUUCUGUGCCAUGUUACCGAGACAAAUGGGCUGAGGAUCCAGCCUAAUUUGAUAACCUUUCUGAUUCUGCCCCUGCUACACCCCUAUUUGGGGACUGACACUAGCCUCAGCUCAGAUGGAUGAGCAAGUUAUUUGAUGCAUCUUCAACUGAGCUAGCGCUGGGAACUUAACACCAGCUGAGCUGAUGACCCACUGUAUCCUAAGCUGUUCAUCCUGAUGGAUCUUUCCAUAGGGUUGCUCCCCUAGUCUGUGGCAGCAAGAGUCUUGUGGCACAUUAAAGACUCACAAAUAUAUUCUGGCAUAAACCUUUGUAGAUUAGAGUCUACUUAAUCAGAUGCAUGAAAUGCUAUUCUCAGUUGGCAUGGGAUGGAGGAAAAAAGGGUAACAGCGAUGUUACAGGUAGUUGGAAAUUUAAUACAAAUGCAUACUGUCUGUAAUAAUUAUGUUAAAACUUAAAUGUAUGUAAAAUAAGCACAGUCACCAGUCACAAAAGCAGCCUUGGUGAUGAGAAUUCAAAUAUCCUGGCAUUGCCAAGUGAAUUAACACAUACAGUGGAAUAGAAGCCCACUAUCUCACAUUAGAUCACAAGUGAUAGAACUUUCUGACAUGUUUUCAUUCAGCAAUUUCACACUGGAGUUUUCCUUUUGAAGUUCCUUUGCACUUUCACGUUAGCAGUUGAGUACCCUUAGAAGUUGAUAUGUUCUCCGGUUGUAUUCUGCACAUUUCUCUCUGAUAUCAGACCUGUGUCCAUUUAUUAUCUUUUGUGUAGAGACUGACUUGGUUGUUGUGUUACGGCUCUGAGGGACAUUGUUGGCAGAUGAUAGUGCAUGUAACUUUGGAAGAUAAGCAGGCGAAUGUGCUCUUGAUGUUGCUGCUAAUUUUGUGAGGUCCUGUAAAAGUUGCCCAAGUUAGAUACAGGGAUAAAGUUGGUGGCUAGAAUUCGUUGCAGGGUGUGAUCCCGUCCAUAACACGAGGUACCACUGUACCUGCAAGCAAAGACAGGCCUACCACCUGUUUUUAUUUUAGGGAAGCAUUCUGCCCAGGAUGGGCAUGUUUGAUAAUACCUAUCUGCUAGUAUAUAUAACGUGUGUGUCAGCCUAUAUACGUACCUGCUUUCUUAUGGGUUAAUUUGCCAUUUCUCGGUAAAAAGCAAUCUGAUGCACAGCAGCUACUUCUAGAUAUGCCUUCAUAGCAAUUCCAGUUGUUCAUGCUCUACAGGUACUAAUGGUGAAUGACGUUUUCAGGCAGCUAAGAAAAUAAAGCGCUGUAGGGAGCUGACCUUGCACAGGAUUGUGCGUUGUGAUCACAAUGUUAACCUGUGAAAUGUAGGCUUCCCAUGGAAUUAUUGUGGGUUGUACGCCAGUGGGAUUUUCACAUUUUAUAUUUUACGUUUAACUCUCCUGUUUUAUGUCGGUUUGCUUUCUAGCAAGAGAAGUGAAUAACCCACUGCUUUUUAUAUCUUCUCAAGGUUGAAUACUAGCAUUCUGUAUUCUGUAUUCCUCUUGGCACAAGAGGAUAGAGCAGCUGUUCAGGCUUUUUAAAACUUACUUGUACCAGUAGCAUGUCUCAUUCUUAUUAAGUUAAUUCACAAGUAACUUGUUUUGGUGUUUUUCACCAUUUUUAAUUAUCUUAUAAAUUCCCUUGAGACAGUUGUUUGGAAGGCAGUUAAUAAAUUGAUGAUGGGGAAAAUAAUAAUGAUGAGAAUAACCGUCAAUAAUUCAUGUUACUUGCAGUAAGGGUGUUUUCAAAACUUGCAUGUUUUUUGUUGCAUUUUGUGUACUUAAAAACCACUCCGUAUGAUUUUUUUGUUGUGAUGCUACAAAUUUCCACUAAGCUCCUUUGAUUAAUUUAUAACACCCUACAGCAAAACUUAUCACUUAUAAUUUAUUCUAGCUUUUAAGUCGUCAAGACAGCAACCUGCCCGGAAUAUGCCAGUCAAGAGUUAUUCAGAGGUGAGUAGUUAUUUCAUGGAUAUUAAAGCAGAAGAUUUCCUUUUGCCUGUUAGCAGCUUCUUUGUAUAUAUGUAUUCUUGCUUGCAUGCAUUUAAAAUACACACACACACACCUCCUUUCCACUAAAAAAGCAGCUCGAAAUGCAAAAUAAACGAUUAAGUGGAUUUUACUUGAUAUUUUGUCUAGAAAAAGGAGAGAGGAUCUUACCCGUUGGCUUGUGUUUAUUUCAUAAAAUUUAUACUCUGUAAAAAACACACACCCUUAAAAUGGCAUGCAAAAAGAUAGUAAAACUGAUGAAAUAAUAAAUCACAACCAUACUUUAAAACUUUACAACAUACAAAACUGAUUUAAAUUACCUAAACUUUCUAAGCUUGUCCGAACAAGAAUGUUUUUAGCAGGUGCUGAAAAAGAGUACAGUGAAGGUCCCUGCUUGAUCUUAAUAUGCAGGGAAUUCCAAAGUGCAGGUGCUGCCGCACUAAAUGAGUCGGUGCUUACAAAUGUGGAACAGGUAUUAUGUGGCAUUUCUGGUAAUGUCAAUUCCUCUGAGCAAAGCGGUUGAGUGAGCACAUGAGGCGUAAGGCAAUCUCAUAGGCAGGCUGGUCCCAAGUUGUUCAGUUUUUUAUCUGUGUUACAAUUACCAUUAGAUACUAUUGUUCUUUGUCUUUCUCUUCUAGGUAAUUGAAGAUGAUGACUCUGAUUUGGAAGAAGGGUCUUUUACUCCUUCCUCCACUGCAAAUCAAAGGUUAGUUAGUGCAUUCAUUUCCGUGAUCUUCUAGGUUGCUUGAUAAAUAUGUACGAAGAAAGGAAAAGCAGAAAGGCAACAAGUACAGGAGAAGGUUGCUGAGCCCACUGUUUUUUCAAACAAUCUUUUUGUGUCGUCUAAUUGCAAAAGAUUCUGGGCACCUUGAAGCUUGCUCUACUUUCAUCGCCUGAAAAAUGUUAAGAAUUGUAAUGUAAAGAAUUGUAAAUUGGGUGGUGUUCCAUCUGCCCACAUUUUGCAUGAGCUUCUUUAUAGACAAAUGAAUUUUUAACCUGUGAGUAUUUACCGUAUUUUUCUGUGUAUAACAUGCCCCCAUGUAUAACAGUAUGGGACUCCAAAUAGAGAAAAUGGGGGGAGAUUGCCCCCGUGUAUAAGACACCCCCAUUUUUUAGCAUUAAUUUUAAAUAAAAAACCUAGUCUUAAACACGGGAAAAUGCGGUAUUUAUUUAGGCUACUUUCAGCUCACCCUUCGUUCCAAAGGAUACAGUGGUACCUCGCAAGACGAAUGCCUCAUAAGAUGAAAAACUCGCUAGACGAAAGAGUUUUUUGUUUUUUGAGUUGCUUCGCAAAACGAAUUUCCCUAUGGGCUUGCUUCCCAAGACGAAACGUCUUGCGAGUUUGUUUCCUUUUUCUUAAAACCGUUAAUACUGUACCAAGUUUGAAGCAGGAACUGGGCUGGCAGGGAGUGAGCGAGGGAGCGACCUACCUUUUCCAGUUUCAGCCUUGGGGAAGGAGAGUGUCUCGCUCCGUGAAUGAACGCAAGGCAAGAAAAGAGCGGGAGCAAAUCUCUUCCAAGCGCGAUCGCGAGCACGACAAUUAGUCCUGAGUUCCGAGCAGAGUAACCCGAUACGAGAGAGAGAGAGAGACUCCAGAGACAGAGCGUGUGCGUAAAAGCGCACGAAAGAAAGACUGCAGAAGGAGCCAAAGAACAAAUAACGGACUUGGGCGCAACAGAAGCGGGAUCUAGCAGAACGACGCAGAGGGAUCCUCUUCUGGAGAGGGCACAGAGGAGGCAGGUGGGCUGGGAUCCAGCGGAUCUGGCUGGGUCUCUGCGCCGCCUCUGCCUCUCUCUCUCUCCCCCCCUCCCCAUGUGGCUGCUCCAUUUUGCCCUAACUGCGCGAAGGCAGGAGGAGGGGGACCAAGGAGGAGGAGGCAUCCACUGCGCUUGGGCCGCCGCGAAGGCACCUUUGCGGGGGUGGGAAGAAGCCAGGAGCAGCUGCCGAGACUGUGGGGAGCCCGGCGGCAUGGUGCAAGGUAACGGGGGGAGCAAGGGAGAGUCCGCGCCGGGCGCUUCGUGCGUCCGCCCUCGGUUCCUGGGCUCGAACUUCCUUCGGCACCUCGUGGAGAGAGAGGGAGAGGAGCGGGCUGGGGCUUUGAUGUGGGACGCGGUUUGGCGGAGCGAAGACGCGGCAAGGCUUGGCGACAGAGGAAGGGGGGCUGUUUUCGUGGGGAGGUGGGAGGGGGUGUCUUUGCCUCUUCCCGGCAACAGAUCCUCCAGGCUGGGGAAACUCCUCCUGCUGGGGAGCGACCCGCUUUGUGCUUUGCCCGCUAUCCCAUUAUAAAAGGAGUACUGUAAUAAUGUUCAUAAUACAGUACCAGGGUGCAUCCGUGCUUCGCAAGACGAAAAAUCCGCAAGACGAAAAAACUCACAGAACGAAUUAAUUUCGUCUUGCGAGGCACCACUGUACUAGGGAACAGACAAAACUGAAAUGUAUCACAUAAAGAAUAAUAAAACAUAGAAGCAGACACAUACAAAGACAUUUGGGGCAGUGUGUGUGUUUGGGUAAAUGCCUGAAUAUGGCUUACGAUUUGUGUUUAUCAAAGUUUGCUGAGUUCAGAUGAAAUGGUAAAGUGUGGUUUGCCACUAAACCAGGAUCAGACGCUUCUAACUGCUGUUUUUAAAAGCAGGGACAUGCUCUCAGGUGCAUGCUAAUGAUGCUAAACUAUGAUUAGGGUUUUGAACAGCCCUCUUAUCUUAGCUUCUCUGUUUUUAUUUUACCAAAAGUGUUUAUCUGGGUUGUCAAGGCUGCCUCAAGUCUCAGCUCACAAAAGACCAAUGCCUAUGUCUUCUUAUAUACAAAGGUGUUUAUUGCAGUUCAUUGUUUGCUUGACAUCCUAGGCGCGCAGCCUUACGUCUCUUACGCUUAGACCGCUGAAGUCCCCUCUGAAUCCGUCCCUCCCCUGCACCAAUUUAAGAGGCUAGCGCUGCUCCACCUCUUUCUCUCCUUCCUUUCCGCAGGGUCCUUCUGCCCGCUGGGGUUUCGCCCCUCCUGGAUUCCUCUGACGCGGAAUCAGACUGCUCUUCCCCCUCCUGCGGGCUUUGGGACCUGGCCCCUCCUCCGGGCUCCCUGUACUUCCGCGCGCCUCUACAUUUGAACUAGGCGCGCGCGCCAAACCUCUAACUUUCCUUUUGACAGUUACACUACUCCCUUCACUGCUCCCUCCCCUUCCGGAAGGGCGGCUUGCUCUGACCUCCCUCCUUUCUCUGCUGCCGGAGCUGCUUCCUCUGACACACUGGAAACUCCACCCCUUCGCUGCACUCUGGUGGGGAGGCUGGUCCUGACGCCCAGCUGCCACUUUGGGAUCCUCCGCUGGCCCCCUGCUCCUGACACGUCCCCCCUGGGGCUCCCCUGGCCUUAACCACCGGCGCCCCCUUCUGGGAAUCCUCUGAUUCGCUGGAAAGACUCAUGGAAUCUCUUGAGUCAUUGUCAUCCUCUUCCUCGCUGGCUUGGAAUUCAUCCCCAUCGCUCUCCAUCUCCUGCCUACCCUGUGCCUCUCUCCCUGAACCCCUGACAUGGGUGUUUACAAAGAACUACUUCCAAGCAUUCCCAGUAGAGGUUUCAACUUUCCCCCUUUGGUUGGAAAGUUAUUUCCCCUCCUUCCCCCAAUCUCUGCCAUAUUGCACACUGCUUGGGCAUAAUGAGUUCGUUACACAAAUGUAGUGGCUCAGCACAAAGUGGCAAACGGGGUUACUUUUCAGCCAUAAUAUCACUAAAUUUUAAAAGCGACCUUGCUACGAAAAUAUUUUCAUAUGGUUCUUGUUGUUUAGUCGUUUAGUCGUGUCCGACUCUUCGUGACCCAUGGACCAGAGCACGCCGGGCACUCCUGUCUUCCACUGCCUCCCGCAGUUUGGUCAAACUCAUGCUGGUAGCUUCGAGAACACUGUCCAACCAUCUCGUCCUCUGUUGUCCCCUUCUCCUUGUGCCCUCCAUCUUUCCCAACAUCAGGGUCUUUUCCAGGGAGUCUUCUCUUCUCAUGAGGUGGCCAAAGUACUGGAGCCUCAGCUUCAGGAUCUGUCCUUCCAGUGAGCACUCAGGGCUGAUUUCCUUCAGAAUGGAUCGGUUUGAUCUUCUUGCAGUCCAUGGGACUCUCAAGAGUCUCCUCCAGCACCAUAAUUCAAAAUUUCAUAUGGUAACCAUCUUCAAAUAUCUGAAGGGCUAUCACAUGGAGAUGGAGUAAGCUAGUUUUCAGCUGCUCCAGAAGGUAGGACCCAAACCAAUGGAUUCAAGUUACAAGAAAGGAGAUUCUGACUGAACAUUAGGAGGAACUUUCUGGAAAAGACCAUAUCGGAAGCUAGCAAUUUUUAAGCAGAGGUUGGAUGGCCAUCUGUCACAGAUUCAAUAGCUGUGAUUCCUUCAUUUUGGGCGUUGGACCACAUGGCCCUUAGAGGGCCCUCCCAGCUCUAUAAUUAUAUGAUUCUGUGGGUAAUCUCUUAUUUAUUUCAAAUAUGAUAUUGAUGAUGUGUGACUUUCAGUGUUAUGCUUUGUGAUUUUUAGUGCUGUGCUUUCAUUGAUGGUGACCAGUAUCUCCUAUUUAUAAUGUUUAGAUCGUUCGGAGCAUCAGCAUCUAGCAAAAGGAGCUCACAGAGCCAGGCAUCAAAAGGAGUAGACUUUGAAUCCGAUGAGGUACAAAAAUAUUUUCUCUUCAGUGUACUUCCUUUAAUUCGUAUAUAAAAUAUUACUGGACAAUGCCAUGUAUGUGUGUUUUUAAAGUUUCUUUAUAUGCGUUUAGUAAUAAACUUGCUUGUUCCUAACUUUAUCUUCAAAACCUGUUCCAUUAUGUCCAUUAGCUUGUCUCUCUGAAAAAGGGUAGUGUUCGUUUAUUUAUUUCAUAAAAUUUACAUACUGCUUGUAGGAAAAGCUCUCCACGCAGUUUACAGAAAACUGUAAAAUAAUCAGAAAAAAAAUAUUUGCAACCGCAAUUUAAAAUAUGCAGAAAGUUAAAACCACAAAAAAUUGACUAAGACAAAUUAAAAUGCCUACAGACUUUCUGAAUAUCUGGGUAGGCUUGUCUAAAUAAGAAUGUCUUCAGCAGGUGCCGAAAGGAAUAUAAUAGGUACCUGCCUGAUCUCAAUAGGCAGGGAGUUCCAAAGUGUCAGUGCUGCCACAUUUAAGUCAUCAAGUUCCUACAGAUGUAGUGCAGGUACUGUUUGGCACUUGUAAAAGUGCCAGUUCUGCCAAUCAAAGCAGUCAGUCAUUAGGUGAUGGCGAGAAAACCCUAUUAAAAAUGAGAAGCUUAAAUUCAUAUGCUUCAGUUUUGACAGGCGAGCAAAUUCCUCCUAAUUAAUGCCUGUCAUGGCUCAAAUAACUGUUGUACCCUCUUCCCCAACAACUAGGAAACAGGUUCUUCGAAUAAAUAUUUCGCCGCUGGUUGAACAAGGAGACAUAUUUCUCCUCCCUAAAGUCAUUCUUCCUCAGUGAAUGGUUUCAGAUAACCAUUGCCUCACCUGCUUCCCCACAGAGCUGGCCCAUAUUUGGCAACUCCCUUGGGUGUCAAAAUGUGCUGGGUUUCAGUCACAAUCUUGGGAAGAAAACCCCUUUCUGCACUUUUUAGUUCUUGUUUUUCUUGGUGGAAUAGGGAUUCUAAACAGUGAUGGCGGUGCAGUACACUCCUUCAGAAAUCUAGUUAUUUAGUGCAGUUAACUGAUGUGGGACACAGUGGUGUGACAGUCACUGAGGUCUGGGAAGGCCACUUUCCUCUUGCCCAAUUGUGGUGACUCACACACUCUUAGGCUGGACUCCCACAGUAUGGAGCAUGGCAGUGAGCAUGGAUUUUACAGGCAGCUCUAAUAACAGAAUAACCUGCUUUGCAACUGAGAGCAGGACCACUGAGUCUGACACGUUGCCUCAUACAGGUCAUGUGCACUCAUGCCAGGAGGAAUGCAACUGAUAAAUUUGAGGAAGUCUGGCAAGGGUUCUUAGAAUUAUUUUGAAGGCUGAUAACAAUGAGAAAGAAUUGACUGGAUGCUCUGGUUGGUUUUGAUUGAAGUAUAUUUGCAGAAAGAACAUGGAUGUUUUCCCUUGGUCUCCUUGUUGGUCAAACCUCGCAGAUCCCUCUACAAAGUGCUGUAUCCUAAUACUUACAUUCCAUCUUUCCUUUUAUUUUUCGUUUGACUCGGUAGUUUUGUCCAAUUUCAAAAUGAUAACAAAUUUUCUGUACUAUAGCCAAAACUGUCUGUCACGUUUUUCACAUGCUUUUUUGUGUUCUUGUGAAAAAGGUUCAAUAAAAAAUUAAAAUGUACAAAAUGAGAUUGCUCUCCUUGGAAAUGUGGCCUUCUUGAUGUCUUAAAAUGAAAGUCUCUUAUUAUUUUACAGGAUGAUUCUGAGUUAUUCAAGAGCACUUCAAGAAGAAGCAGACGAUAAUUUCAGAGCCCGCUGUAUGGAAGGAUAAUACAGGGGAAAGAAAAAAACCCUCUGGAAAUUCUGUAAAGGAAUCUUACGAUCUAUGCAGCUUUUCUCCAAUAAUUUCACAGUUAAUUACAUGUUGCCUUGAAAUGUUUUGCUUCCUUGAUGGGGGAGUAAUUGUUACUUAUUCUCCAUAUGUAGUAUCACUUAAUUCAAAUGGCAUUUCUAAUAGCUGAACCAUAUUCCUCCCCGCCCUUGUUUAAGAUAGAAUAACUACUCAAAAAAGAUGAUGAGGCAGUGGGCCCAUUGCCUAGGCCAUUGCUGAGGAACAGCCAGUGAUUUUUAAAAUUCCAUUACCUUUUUAUAUUACAGAGGAAUAAAUUGAGACCUGUUCUGUAAGUGAAUCGACAGUGCUCUUGCUUUCUUUGUUUCUUAAACCUUAAACUUCAGUCAUAGAGGGAAUGCUGACAGUGUUAAGUAUUAAAUCCAUCUUGGUUGCUUCCUGUAAGCAGGAGGCAGUAAGCAGGGCUUGCCAAGUCCUUGGAUAUAAAAUGUGACUCUCAUUCCGAAACUGUUUAUAAGCUUAAAAGUACAGUUCAGCAUGAAGAAUCUCAGAAAGCAUAAAUAGCUUUAGGGUGUAAUGCCUUAUUCUGAAUGCUUUGCAACACUUUCUUAGCAAUUCCACCAGCUGGCUACGUUGAGCUGGUGCUGGUUGGAUGCCUGUAAUUGUAAGAAAAAUUGGCAGGGGUUUAAUUGAUAUGGAUAGAAAGUAGUAAAUUGAGAUGGUACAUGGAUAAAAGGCCAUAGCCCCAUCUGGCGUUCCUUAUUUUUCAGUUUUUCCUCUGUUUUGUAUCUGCCCAAAUUAUGGCCAUUGUUUCAUUGACUUCAGAAACAUCAGUCCGAAAGAAGGGUACCUGAAGAUAAUUUCCUACAUAAAGAGCCGUGUUGGAUUUGGUAAAUGUUUGAGUGGAGCGGUAUAUUUUUACAUGGAAAGUCCAUUGGCAACAACGAUGAUAUUUUUAUAGACAUUUCAACUGUCUUAGAAAAACACAUAGGAGAACAAAUAAUGUCAUUUAUGUGUUAUGGAACUGUUAAAUACUGGGGUUUUCUUAAAAUUCUAUAUUUUUCCUUCUCAUAUUAUCAAGAUUUUGGGUGGGUUCAUAAUGCCUCCUUAGAAUACUUCUGAAUUUUGGUUUGGUCUUAUCAAACAUAGAAGCAGAAAAGAGGCUCUUGAUUAUACUGCAAUAAGGAGAAAGGUACAGUGAAUAGUGUCUGCAUUGAAGUACUUAUUUUCUUUGAUUUCUCUGUGGAGUGCCUUCUGACCUGAAGCCCCAGAAACCUCCCCAUGCUUCAUCCACAACCUGUUUCCGUCUCCUUGUUGGUCAAACCUACCAGCUAGAAUAGAGAUGUGUUUCAGAAACUAUUAUUCUGUAUACAGCCAUUUUGCAAAUAAAUUUUAAAAAAGCAAGGUGGGUUUAACUUU